AUGACAAGUAUACGUCGCAAAAAAUUCAUGCAUCCUGGUUUACUGCACACUAAUGAAGACUUUGCAAGAAUCAAGCUUCAGAAACAGCACGGUGGAUGGGUUGAAGAGCGCGCUUAUAAUCAAUUUGUCAAUGAUGCAUACUCAAAUCCUGAUCACGCUUUGAUGGGGCCUUACGAGUGCGUUACCCGUGAGUUUUCUAGCGAUUACGAGGCUAGUGCGGAAGCCUUUGUGGGCGAUAGCCAAGCAGCCCGUCAACUCGCCUUGUUAUGGGCUAUCGAUGGCAAUGAAAAGGCUGGGCGAAAAGCGAUCGAGAUUCUAGACACAUGGGCAGGUUCUCUCAAACAAUUCAAGGGAAACGGUGCCCAACUCAUCGCGUCUCUGACCGGAGGUACUUUAAUCCAGGCAGCCGAGAUCAUGCGAUAUACCAGUGACUUUUGGAACCCAGCUAGCAUCUCGAGAUUUGAAACUAUGGUGCGAGAGGCUAUCUUACCUCCUGUGACACAAACUCGACCGAACGAAGAUCAAAAAUUACCCUUCAUAGGAAACUGGGGCACAUCGGCUGAAAAGGCUUUGAUAGCAAUUUCGAUUUUUCUCGAUGAUCAUCAUCUUUACCAGCUUGGAAAAAAGGCUAUCCAGUUCGCCCCUUGUGCCAAUCUCACAGGUAUCAUCAAUCCUACCGGUCAAUCUUCUGAUAGCGGGAGAGAUCAACAGCACACUCAGCUUGGACUUGGGAGUUACGCCGAGGCUUUUCAAAUGAUGUGGAAUCAAGGCGACGACUUUUACUCGCUCGCUGACAAUCGAUUACUGACCGGAUUGGAGUAUACAGCAAGAUUUAUUGGUGGAGAUGAUGUUCCAUUUGAUACCAAUUUCUUCACCUGUCAUUGUUCGGUGCUUGGAGGUCCUUGGAAGCAAAUCUCUCAAGACGGAAGAUCUUUAGCCCGUCCGAUUUUUGAGAUGGCCUACGCACAUUAUACGGUUAUCAAAGGUCUCAAGAUGCCUUGGACUGAAAAACUCAUUAAUUCCGAGAUUGAUGUACCUCAUGAAUUGAACCCGUGUGGAAAAUCCGUAGAUCAAAAGCCACACGCCGGACGGUCAAAACCUUCCAGUUAUUCUAACAGAUGGUGGCUCCUUCCAAACCUUGCUCUUUCGUCGAGAGGCCUCAACGGAGUUGAACCAGGCAUGAGUCGCCAACUUCUUCAAGCCAAAAAUGUGGCUUCAAUAUCCCUCGUUUGCCUUUGUCGCCCACAAAUUUUUGUCAGCUCAGCAUUGACUGCUAAUGUGUGA